CACCACACGAAAUUCCAAUUUUCAGCUUGGCAAUGAACGUGUCGUCCGCAGCCAUAAUUGAGAAUGAAAGAAAGAUAGCAUAUCAGUACUCAUGGCUGCUGGCAUUGAAGGCGAGCCUUUGGGAUAUCCGCAGCCCAUAAUUGACAGUUUUAUAUAACCUCGGCAUAAACAGAUGUUACAUUGAAUAGUGUUACAGUGUAUCUACAGUUAUAUAUCUACAGUAGAGAAAGAAAAGAACCGAGCUAUUUUGUCAAACUGACAGUUCUUCUUCGAAAAAUUUCCUAAAAAAACCAUUGAAAUGAAUAUUGUGUCGCAAAGCUUGUGUGAUACAUGUCAGUAUCUAGGUUUUUACAAACAUGCAGUCAUCACACGAUUUUUAUUUAAAUAUAUCCCAAUAAAUUCUUCAAAAUUAUUAGCGCGACUCUAUUCAAAGAAACGAGAUAUUAAGCGUAAAAACUAUUAUGAUGCAUUGGAGAUUACACCAAAAGCUACUCAAAGCGAAAUAAAAUCGGCAUACUAUAUGUUGUCUCUACAAUAUCACCCUGACAAAAAUAAUAGUGAUUACGCAAAACAGAAGUUCCAAGAUAUCUCGGAUGCCUAUGAAGUACUUAGUAAUCAUGAACAACGUAAGAAUUAUGAUCGGCAUAUGAUGAUACAUCAACAACCAGUAAUAAAUGUUAGAGAAUCUGCACAUGGAAAACAGAUCUAUACAGGAGUUACAAAAAUCUACAACUUUGAUGCAUGGACGCGGGAGCAUUAUGGAAGACAAUUCGAAAAAGAUCGUAUUAGGAGAGAAAACUAUCGACAAUAUAAAAAAACGGAAGAAAUCGUCAUUCAAAAGAAAGAAAAACAUUCUCCCUUUACAAAAUAUAUCAUUUAUUUUUUAACUCUAAUAUUCAUGAUUGCGCUACAUUACAUAAGAAAUGAUGAUGUACCAGUACAUAAGGCGGAAACAUAUAAAAAAUAGUGAAGUGAAUACAAAUUAGUUGAUUUAUUUAUUUAUUAUGUAUAAAUUUGUAUAUUUAC